AUGAUAUCACCUUCAUUUCAUCUCGUUAUAAAACAAUGUCAUAAGCAAUGGCGUUCACCAUUAUUUCGUACGAUUGUCGUUAUUCAUCAACGACAAUUGUCAACAAUCGAACAUGAAAAACAAGAUUCUAAAAAACAAGAUAACGAUGGUCUUGCUCAAUCUCAAAAUAGUCAAAUUCAAAAAGUUAAAUUCACGCAAAAAGCACAGCAAACGGCUAAAGAUACUGUUUAUUCGCUUGUUGUCGUAGCUGGAGUUGCUGCAUUAAGUGGAUUGUGUUAUGUAAUAAUGCAUGAACUCUAUUCGAGAGAAACUCCGAAUGGCAUUUAUAAAGAAGCAUCCAGGAUUUGCUUAGAAAAUAGUGAUGUACAAGAAGCAUUAGGUCUACCGAUUAUAGUUCAUACAACACCUCAAAUCGGUUCUAUGCGAAUCAAUAACGUUCGGGCAAGAACGUUUGAUGAAAAAGGACAUCAAAGUAUGACAGUUUCGUUUUACUUAACUGGUAAAGAACGAUCCGGUGUUGUUGCUAUUAAAGUUCAAAAAAAUAUUUCAAAUAAAUUCGUCUACGAUUAUAUUCUUGUCCAAUUGGAUAAACAGUGGCAUAGUCAAAACAUAGUUCAAGUUUAUCCAGAUUCCAACCCAUCGUCCUUUAGAAGAGAAAUCUCAUCAUAA